AUGGAUCGCGAUGGUAAUGCAGGCGUUAACGAAUUGCAUCAGGAUAGGCCCCACGCUAUCACAGCGAAGGUUGUCAAGCCGAGAAGAAAGCCUAGAGCCCCGAAGAAGAACAAACUAUCUUCAGAUCAAGUGCGCAGAAACCAUGUGGUCUCCGAGCAAAGAAGAAGAGAGCUUGUAAGGAAUGUGUACGAUGACCUUGUGGAAGUAGUGGCGGGUUUGGAGCCAAGUGAGCGAAGAUCGGAGGUUUUGAUAUAUUUGAAGACGAUCAACCACCUUAAAUGGCUAUAUCGAAGAAAUUCAUACCUCCGAAAAUUACUGACCGAAAAAUAUGAACGCCAAGGGAAACCUGCAGUUGAGCUGCCGAAUCGAUUAGUGUGGGAAUUGCGAUCCAGCCCGUCGGUCGAAGAAGAGAUUGAUAAACAAGAAAACAGUCAGUGA